UUUUGGCACAUUUUUGAGAACUAGCUUUGCGUAGACAAGUGAGCCUCAGCACUCAAAAGCGGAGUAACUUCCUUUUUAUCCGUAGCACAUUCACCAUGAGUACCCUUCGCCUUCAGAAGCGCCUCGCUUCGAAGGUGCUCAAAUGUGGGAAAAACAAAAUUUGGUUGGAUCCCAAUGAAACUAAUGAAAUUGCCAACGCCAAUUCACGUCAGAACAUCAGGAAGCUGGUGAAAGAUGGUCUGAUCAUCCGUAAGCCUGUGAAGGUACACUCCCGCGCCAGGGUUCGCAAGAAUGCUGAGGCUCGCCGCAAAGGUCGUCACAUGGGCCAUGGAAAGAGAAAGGGUACAGCAAAUGCUCGUAUGCCUACAAAGAUUCUUUGGAUCCGUCGCAUGAGGGUUCUUCGUCGGCUGCUCAGGAAGUACAGGGAGACCAAAAAGAUUGACAAGCAUUUGUACCGUGAGCUGUACAUGAAGUGCAAAGGUAAUGGCUUCAAAAACAAGCGUGUCCUUAUGGAGUUCAUCCACAAGAGGAAGGCCGAGCAGGCCAGGUCCAAGCUCCUCAGCGACCAGGCCGAGGCCCGCAGAAAGAAGGUCAAGGACGCUCGUAUCAGACGUGAGGAGCGCAUUGCUCUCAAGAGGGAGGAAAUGCUUAAGAACAUUGAGGAGGCCAAGAAAUAAGUUUCUCAAUAAAAUUUUAUGAUGUAAUGUUCUUGU